CCCCGACAAAUAAUACCAAAUCAACAUCGACUCCUCUUAUCUCUUCAUCCCUAAGAGCGAGAGCGAGGGAGAGAUAUGGCGGGCCUCGCAGGCGUUGGGCUCUCGUGGAGGUCAUCGACCCCGUCUCUCGUCCCGCUGACGUCCACGAAGCCGUCGUGCGCGGGUCGCCGCGUUUCCAUCGCCGUGCGGAACGCCAUCUCCGUCGAGGGGAAGAGCUACACGCUCCAGAAAUCCGAGGAGAUCUUUAACGCCGCCAAGGAAUUGAUGCCUGGAGGUGUAAAUUCUCCUGUUCGAGCCUUCAAAUCAGUUGGUGGUCAGCCAAUAGUUUUUGAUUCUGUUAAAGGUUCUCACAUGUGGGAUGUUGAUGGUAACGAAUACAUUGACUAUGUUGGUUCAUGGGGUCCUGCUAUCAUUGGGCAUGCUGAUGAGAAGGUGAAUGCUGCCUUGAUUGAGGCCCUGAAAAAAGGCACAAGCUUUGGUGCUCCCUGUGUGUUAGAGAAUGUAUUGGCGGAGAUGGUCAUCUCAGCAGUGCCGAGUAUUGAAAUGGUUCGCUUUGUAAAUUCAGGUACAGAAGCUUGCAUGGGUGUUCUCCGCCUUGCACGUGCAUUUACUGGCCGACCAAAGAUCAUCAAGUUUGAAGGCUGUUAUCAUGGGCAUGCUGAUCCAUACCUUGUCAAGGCUGGCAGUGGGGUUGCCACUCUUGGCCUUCCUGACUCCCCGGGCGUUCCAAAGGGAGCCACCAUAGAUACUCUAACCUCACCUUACAAUGAUCUUGAAACCAUAAAGAGUCUAUUUGACACCCAUAAAGGUGAGAUUGCUGCUGUUAUCCUCGAACCAGUUGUUGGGAAUGCUGGCUUCAUCACACCAAAACCUGACUUCUUGAAUGGCCUCCGUGAAAUCACAAAGCAAGAUGGUGCUCUCCUCAUAUUUGAUGAGGUGAUGACUGGGUUCCGUCUGGCUUAUGGUGGGGCUCAAGAAUAUUUUGGCAUUACACCUGAUCUAACCACACUUGGAAAAGUCAUUGGGGGUGGCCUUCCUGUUGGUGCUUAUGGUGGUAGGAAAGACAUCAUGCAGAUGGUUGCACCUGCAGGACCAAUGUACCAGGCAGGCACCCUCAGCGGGAAUCCAUUGGCAAUGACUGCUGGCAUUCACACUCUUAGAAGGUUGAUGGAGCCCGGGUCUUAUGAUUACCUAGAGAAAAUCUCCUCUGAUCUUGUUAAUGGUAUUUUGGAUGCUGGAAAGAGAGCCGGUCAUGAGAUGUGUGGUGGGUCUAUCCGUGGAAUGUUUGGAUUCUUUUUUACAGAGGGACCGGUUUACAAUUUCCAGGAUGCAAAAAUGAGUGACACUGCAAAAUUUGCAAGGUUUUAUAGGGGAAUGUUGGAGGAAGGUGUGUAUCUAGCUCCCUCACAGUUCGAGGCGGGAUUCACAAGCUUGGCACAUACAUCUAAAGAUAUCGACCAAACAGUCGAGGCUGCUGAGAGGGUUUUUCGAAGGAUUUAAAACAAAAACUGAUCUAUCUGUUAGUUGCUAGAAUUGCUUGCUUCCAUUGGGUCAUCUUCUUUAACAUGUUUGUAGUCAGAGUUAAAUGCAUUUGUUGUUGUGGAGUCUGGUCACAUGAGACUGCACUUGUUUCGAGUUCUGAUCCUUUUCCUUCUCGGGUUGAAUUUUGUAAUAUUUAUAAUGAUUCAGUAUCUUCAUGAUUUCUGGGUGAAA